AUGUCGGAUUUAUAGCGGCGCUGGUUUUUGUUUAUUAUAGGUUCUUAAUAAAAAUAUUCAAUAAAAUAGUUGUAUGUGUUCAUAGUUAGUAAGUAAAUAAAUCUUAAUUUAAUCAUGGGUCGGCGAUCCAUUAAUACCACCAAGAGUGGUAAAUACAUGAACCCCACGGAUCAAGCAAGAAAGGAGGCUCGAAAGAAAGAGUUAAAGAAAAAUAAAAGGCAAAGACAGAUGGUAAGAGCGGCGGUUCUUAAAAUGAAAGACCCCACACAGAUCUUAGAAGAACUACAGAAAAUCGAUGAAAUGGAGUAUAAUGUAUUGCAACCAUCACCUCUCAAUGAAAAAGUAUUAAAGGAAAAGAGAAAAAAGUUACGAGAGACUUUUGACAGGGUCUUGAAGAUGUAUGAUAAAGAUGAUCCAGAAAAGUGGGUAGAACUUAAGCGUCAGGAGAUGGAAUAUGAUAAAAGAAGAGCUCAUUUAAUAUCUUAUUAUGAAUCGGUGAAGCAUGCUCAAUCUGUGCAAAUUGAUGAUAUUCCUCUGCCCACCUUACAAGUUCCUGAUAACCUCAUUUAUGGCAAUGUCCCAUCGCAAAUACCUCUGCCAAUGGAUUCAGUUCAUCCCAAUUUACCAGUCAGACCCAUCCUGAAGAAAGACUCAGUUUAUAGAGAAAGACCUUUAGGGAUAGAACCACCAGGUGUGCCAUGUGGUCCACCACCAGACUUUGAAGCAUUGCUUUUAGAAGCUGCAAAAAUGGACAAAACACACAAGGAUAAGAAAAGUCUUCGCUUCUCUGAUCUCCCUGAUGAAGGACCUCCCGGUGACUGUUUACCACAGGCACAAAUGUUGGAAGAUCUUGAUGGUGAAGCUAUGGACGAUGAUCGUGCACCUUCGCCACCAUUGGCCCAAUCAACACAAGCGCCGAAGCCAACGUCAUUACAACAGCGAAUGUUGGCUCUCUCCGGGCAGAAUAUAGAUGACUUUAUGAAGGAAAUGGAGGAAGUUCAUAGAAAGAGGGAACGAGACAGAGCUGCUGAUUUGAAUGCACGGCUAACUGCUCUUAAACGUUCAACUGGAAGGGACAGCGACUCUGACAGCGAUAAUGAAGGUCACGCUGGUCACCAUCAUAACCACCACGACUUCACACUCGAGCCACCAGGAGCUGAGAUCAGGCAGAUGCCACCGCCAUUGUUACCACCCGGAAUGCGGCCGCCCAUGUUACGACCGCCCGGUGCUCCGCCUGGGGCUCCGCCUGGCGUACCUCCCGGAGUUCCUCCCGGAGCGCCCCCUGGACUCCCACCAGGUCCGCAUCCUGUGGGAACACAUGGACUAACAGGAGUGCCCGGUAUGCCAACUGGGGCCCCACCGGGACCUCCGCCCGGGCUCCCGUCUCGUGGGGGCCUACGCCCGCCGGGCCCUCCGCCAGGUGCCCCGCCUCGCCUGCUCCGUCCUCUGGUGCCGCCGCCCCCGCCUCACGUCUCGGUGCUGACUGCGGCCCCGCAACUCAUAUCAAAGAAAGAUUCAUCUCAAGGAGCAACAAUAAGCGCGAAACCUCAGAUAAGGAAUCUAUCGGCGGACGUGACUCGCUUCGUGCCGUCCGCGUUGCGCGUGAAGCGAGAGGACAAGAGGAUGAAACCGGACCUCAAGUCGACCCUGCCGAGACCCUCGGAACAGCCCAAGCAGCCGAGCAAAGACGACGCUUACAUGCAAUUCAUGAAAGAAAUGGAGGGAUUGUUAUAGAAUUUAAUAAUAGGUCACUUUAUACUGAAAAUAACAAUAAAAUAGUUAUACUUAC